UUGACGAUAAUCUUUAAAUUAAAUCAAAUCCAAAUAAAUAAUAUUUUUCAAAACACACCUGAAACAAUUAACAUUGAAAACCAGUGAAAUCUAAGAAAAAGAACUAAAUUAUUUUACUUUUUUGCUAAUUCAGUAAUAUUAUUCUAAAUAUCAUGGAAUCGUCUGAAAACUUCGUUCCUCCACCACCUCCACCACCAAAAGGCCCAAUACCAACUAAAAGGCUGGACACACAGAUUCCUGCUGAAGCACCCGCUUGUGUACAAAAUGCCAUGAUGACGAAGGAUAAAAAACCUUUUACUUACACUCCCGGUGGAAUCGACUUAUCGCAAAUUAAAUCUCCAAGAAUGGCAAAAAGAGUUCAAAAGAAUGCUUUGUCCGAAGGCGUUACGGGUCCACCAAAAGUUUCUCCUUUAGCGAAACAGUGUCCAACACAAGUUGCAAAUGCAACGGCUCCUGCUAUGUGCAUGGCAAAAGAUAUUGCUGGGAUGCCCUUUCAAGUUUUCCCUUCUGGGCCACCAGCACCACCUCCAAUGCCAAUGAAACAAAGUCCAUCACAAAAAAAAGAAGAUGAAAGCGAUAACAAAGCCCAUAAACAAUCUUCAAUCAUGCAACAGCAUUUUGAGGCACCACCAAUAGGACUUCGACCAGAAAUAAAAAUACCACAAAAUCCAAUGGCGAAUUUAAAACCUACACCAAGACAUCAGCAAAUAGAUGAAUUUUGGACCGACGACAAAUGCGAUAAAUCUGCUGAUUCAUCAAUCAAUUUGGUAAAAGCUGACUUAGAAUUGGCAAAAGAAGAUACACAUAAAAAUAUGUCUUUACAUGAAAAAAAGGGCCAAUUAGGUCAACUUUAUAUUCCGAAAAUAAGUGAAAUGGAUAGACAACAACUGAUGCAUCAACAAUCACCACCAUGGAUGUCUUCAAGCAAAUAUCAAACUUCUGGCUCUACUCCAGAAUGGGUUAAUUCUAAUGAAAGUGAUCGUCGUGUUCCUAUUGAAGUGGAAAACUCUUCGACAAGAACACCAAGUCUUAAGCCAAUGACUCCAAACUUAUGCCCUCAACCAUUUUAUGGUUCUAACAAAAAACACCUUGAUGCUGCAACAGUUAUCAACGCCUUUGAACCAACAUUCACUAUUAAUAAUGGAGAUUUACAACAUCAAGCAUACUCUCCUUCUAUAACCUGUAACCCAAAUCAAUUUGUAAAUCAAGGAUAUCAAAAUAUUGAUUUUCAAAAACAUCAGUUUUCAAGUCCAAAUACUGGUGUAUCCCAUAUUAUACCGAUAAAACUAGAAGGGUAUACGACUCCAAUGUCUUCACCAGAUUUGCAUCGCAACUCAGCUACAAAAUCACAAAUUGUCGUACAAAGAGGAAACGUUAAAUUUUUCGUUUAUGAUGUACCGUUGAGAGCACAUAUUAAUUUUAUAAAGCAACACUUAAGUGACCCUCGACAGCAAUCGUUACCUACACAGUGGACAAACAACACUGGAGGUACUCCAACACAAUCUCGCUCAUUUAGGGUAUUGCAAAAAAUGACGGAUGCAUAUGCGAAUCCUGACUUAAAUGAAUCAGUACCGAUUGAAUUUCAACAAGAGCAAUAUUCAAAACCUAUGUCCCCAACAGGUGUAGAUAGUAACAUGAGGCGCAUUAAACUCGAUGACGGUGAUAAAUUAUUUAUGAAUCGCGUCAGAAAUCAAGUUGAUGAUGAAUUAUAUCUUCAUAAAGAAGAGAAUCCAAGAUAUCGUGGUUCAGCUAUACCAUCAAAAGCGUUUAAAUUACUCCAAACCAUGACAAAUAGUAAUGAUUCAGGCGACGAAAUGGGUUCCACAUUUCAUCAGACUAAACUAGGAAAUUCUAAAAGUGAAACUGAAGAAGAUUAUGAUCGUCAAAAACCGUAUGUGCAUCCUAGUGAGCAACAAGUAUUCGAACCUAAAAAAUAUACAGGAGCUAAUAUACCAAGUCGUUCAUUCAGGCUUUUACAAGCUAUGACUCAGGCAGAUGCCGGUACAGGAGUAUCCGAUUUAUAGAUAUUGUAAACGCAAUUUACAAAAAAAAAAUGGAAACAAUCUUGUAUUGUAUUUUGUAUUUUGUUUUAGUAUGUUAACAUAAUGAUAAGGAACCAAGAGUUAACCUUUUUAUACGAACAAAAAGAUUUAAUGUCUUCUAAAUAAUUGCAUUAAUAUUAAAGGAAAAUAUGUAUAUGUUAAAAAUGUGAAAAAAAAACAAAAGAGUUUGCAGAAAAAAAUCUUAUAAUUACUCUUAAUGUUUUUUGAUUUGCGUUACUU